AGCAGAACUCCCUCGAGCCCUGGGAAGAUCUCGCGGAUGCACGCCAAUCACCGAGGCCGGACUCGGUCAGCCCAGCGGCUGGGCUGGCGUCAUUGCCUCCGUCCGCCCAGAACUUAUGGGAACUGCUGAUCCAAUCCGCUUCCGGCCCCGGUGUCAAUAUGUUUCUUCCUCCCCUCCAGGCUCUGGGCUGCCCCUCCAUCCAUCCGUCGAUCUAUCAUUGGAAUCCUUCCGGGCCAUCCAUCUCCAUUAGCACCAGGCCCCAUCUCUUUAUCUUUUCGAUUCUUUUCUUUCUUUGACCCUCCCUUUCACCUUUCCUCUUCUUCCUCCUCUCCUCUCCUCCUUCUCCCUCCGCCUUCCACACUCACCGAAGACUCCCUUCCUUAUCAGUUUAACCCUUCCUGACUCAUACUCAGUAUGCCCCUCACCAUCCUUUCUCAAGAGCAACUCCGUUCCCUUCUUCUCUCCCUCUCCCGCGAUCAGAUCGUCUCUCUGCAAGAAAACCUCGCCCGGGCCCUUCGCGACUAUUCGACCGGCAGUCAAGAGAAGGGUUGUGCCGCCACCUAUCAACCCCAACGCACUGCUAUUACCCGCCCCGAUGGCAGCACCACCGUGUUUAUGCCCGCGAGCACUGGCCCGACACUGGGCAUGAAGGUGAUUUCUUUACAAGAUAAGAGCGCUCAGGUGGGCUGCUCGGUUGACGCCGCGGCUCAAGUCUCCCCGAGCGAUCGAACUGGUGUCUCUCGAGUCGAUAAGCGGAAAUCCAUGGCCUCCAUUGCCUCCGACGUCAGUGAACUGUCCCUCUCAUCGCAAGAAGGCACCUCCACCAACAACUCCUUGUCUAUGACCAGCAGUGGGGGUAGUGGUAGUGGCAGCAGUAGCAGCAAGUCGCUGGCGGCGGGCUGCGUCAACCAACAACCGGUCGCGGGCGGCUUAUCGAAGACAAUGGGCGCCUGGCCUGGGGCCGGGACCCGGGAUACCUCCCCGCAGGGAAGCGUCACGCUGCUGGACGGCAACAGUCUCCCCUUCGGAUUGAUCAACGCACACGAACUGACGCCCUUUCGAACUGCCCUGACCUCUCUCAUGACCCUUAACAAGCGCAAGCGGGUGCGGACCAUUGUGGUGUUCGGUGCGGGGAAGCAGGCAUACUGGCACAUCCGGCUGGCGCUGGUCCUCCGCAGCGCGGACAUCAAGCGCGUUUACAUUAUCAACCGAUCGUUCGACCGAGCCGCGCAGCUGCUACGGGAUAUUUACGCACCGGAGAACUCGAGCUGGCGCGGCGAUGUGAAAUUUUCUGCCGUUAGUACCGACUUCGUGGAGUACCCCCGCAUUUUGCAUGACGCGCUGCGGAAAGCCGACGCUAUCUUCUGCUGCACUCCGGCCAUCGACCCGCUCUUCCCGGCCGAGAUCUUGACGGACCGCGAAGGCCGCCAGAAGGGCCGGCUGAUUAGCGCGAUUGGAUCGUACAAACCACACAUGACCGAACUGCCGCCGGACCUGCUUCGCGACGAAGUGAGCGUGCACACCCCGGGCCAUCGACACUUCCACAAACACGUCAAGCGCAGCGGCGUAGUCGUUGUCGACAGUCUCGACGCGGCUCUCAAGGAGGCGGGAGAGAUCAUCCAAGCGGGGAUCAAGCCGCAUCAAGUGGUCGAACUUGGCGAGCUGUUGAUUGUGCGUGAAUGCUCCCAUGGGGAUGCCGACAGCGACGACCACAAAAGCCUGCGUGAGUGGGUAGAACGGGGGAAUGUCAUCUUCAAGAGCGUGGGGAUGGGAUUGAUGGACUUGGUGACCGGUGGGGAUCUGAUUCAAUUGGCGCGCGAGAAGAACAUUGGGACGACGAUUGCGGAAUUUUAGCGAAAUGAUAUCCAAUUCGACAGUUGAUUUUUCCGACUUGUUUUUGGCUUCGGCUUUACUACUACUUAUGUUCGGCUUCGGUUCAACUUUUACUGUUGAUUUCCGAGAUCUUCGGACUUUGACUUCUUCGGUAUCACUUUGCGAAAUCCGGUUCUUCUUCUCCUGGUUCCUUUUUUUUUUUUUUUUUUUU